GUAGAGCUUCACGUCCACUUGGAUGGAGCCAUUAGACCAGAAACAAUCCUGCACUUCGGCAGGAAAAGAGGGGUUCCUCUCCCUGGCAGCACUGUUGAUGACCUCCUGAAGCAUGUCAGCUACAAAACACCACUGACACUUACCCAAUUCCUAGAGAAGUUUAACCACUACAUGCCCGCCAUUGCGGGUGACCGUGAGGCAGUGAGGAGGAUCGCCUACGAGCUCGUGGAGACGAAAGCAAAAGAAGGUGUCAUCUACGUGGAGGUCCGGUACAGCCCCCACCUCCUGGCCAACUGCAGCGUGGAUCCCAUCCCCUGGGGCCAGACCGAGGGAGACCUCACUCCAGAUGAAGUCGUUAACCUCGUAAAUCAGGGACUCCAGGAUGGAGAAAGGGAUUUCCGCAUCAAAGCCAGGUCUAUUCUAUGCUGCAUGCGCCAUAUGCCAAGCUGGUCACCCGAGGUGGUGGAGCUCUGCAAGAAGUAUCAAAACAACUCUGUGGUGGCCAUCGACCUGGCUGGGGAUGAGUCUCUGAAAGUGGAGGAUUCCUCUGAGCAUAAGAAGGCUUAUGAGGAAGCUGAAAGAUGUGGGAUCCAUCGUACUGUCCAUGCUGGGGAGGCCGGCCCGCCUGCCAUGAUCAAAGAGGCAGUUUAUCUCCUGAAGGCUGAGCGCAUUGGCCAUGGCUACCGUGUCCUGGAUGAUCCCGAGCUCUACAAGGAGCUCUUGAGAGCAAAGAUGCAUUUUGAGGUCUGUCCUUGGUCCAGUUAUCUCACUGGUGCAUGUCUUCCGGACUUUGGGAAACACCCAGUAACACAGUUUAGGAAGGAUCGUGCUAAUUAUUCCAUAAACACAGAUGACCCCCUCAUCUUUAACUCCAACAUUUACAAGGAUUACAGCAUAGUGAAGGACUACAUGGGCUUCACUGAAGAGGAGUUCAAGAGAGUGAACAUCAACGCAGCUCAGUCCAGCUUCUUACCUGAGAAGGAAAAGCAGGAGCUGCUCAACAAGCUGUAUGAAGCCUAUGGGAUGGUCCCCAAUGCAUCGUGA